AUGUCAUUACCUUUAGAAGUUGAAAUUAAAUUACCAACAGGUACUACUUAUAAACAACCAACAGGUUUGUUUAUUAAUAAUGAAUUUGUUUACCCAAAACAAAAGAAAAGUUUUGAAGUUUUAUCACCUUCAACGGAAGAAGUUAUUACUUCAGUUUAUGAAGCUUUAGAAGAAGAUGUUGAAACGGCGGUUCAAGCUGCAGAAGCAGCUUAUAAAACUAAUUGGACUUGGGGUCCACCUGAAGCUAGAGCUGCAGUUUUGUAUAAAUUGGCUGAAUUGGUUGAUAAAAAUGCCGAAUUAUUAGCUUCAAUUGAAACUUUUGAUAACGGUAAAUCUUUACAAAAUUCAAAAGGAGAUGUUGCUUUAACAGCUGCUUAUUUUAGAUCUUGUGCUGGUUGGUGUGAUAAAAUUACUGGUAAUUUAAUUAAUACUGGUAAUUCACAUUUUAAUUAUACUCAAAGAGUUCCAAUGGUUUGUGGUCAAAUUAUUCCUUGGAAUUUUCCUUUAUUAAUGUUAUCUUGGAAAUUGGGUCCUGUUUUAGCAACUGGUUGUACAACAGUUUUAAAAUCUGCUGAAUCAACUCCAUUAUCUGCUUUAUAUGUUGGUAAAUUAUUAGUUGAAGCUGGUAUGCCAAAAGGUGUUGUUAAUAUUAUUUCUGGUUUUGGUGCAACUGCUGGUGCUGCAAUUGCUUCUCAUCCAAGAAUUGAUAAAGUUGCAUUUACUGGUUCAACAAAUGUUGGUAAAAUUAUUAUGAAAGCUGCUGCUGAAUCAAAUUUAAAAAAAGUUACUUUAGAAUUGGGUGGUAAAUCUCCAAAUGUUGUUUUUGAUGAUGCUGAUGUAUCUAAAACUGUUAAACAUUUAAUUACUGCAAUUUUCUUUAAUACUGGUGAAGUUUGUUGUGCUGGUUCAAGAAUUUUAAUUCAAAGUGGUAUUUAUGAUAAAAUUAUUAAAGAAUUCAAAAAGGAAACUGAAAAAAUUAAAAUUGGUAAUCCAUUUGAUCCUGAAACUUUUAUGGGUGCUCAAGCUUCUGAUAUUCAAUUUAAAAAAAUUUUAAAAUAUAUUAAUUCUGGUAUAGAACAAGGCGCUACUGUUAUUACAGGUGGUAAACCAGUUGAAGGUAAAGGUUAUUUUAUAAAACCAACUAUUUUUGCUGAUGUUAGACCUGACAUGGAUAUUGUUAAAGAUGAAAUUUUCGGUCCUGUUGUUUCUGUCAUUAAAUUUGAUACUGUUGAUGAAGCUAUUGAAUUAGCAAAUGAUACUCAAUAUGGUUUAGCUGCAGGUAUUCAUACAAAUGAUAUAAAUAAAAUUAUGAAGGUUUCAAAUGCUAUUAAAGCUGGUACUAUUUGGGUUAAUACUUAUAAUGAUUUCCAUCCAAUGGUUCCAUUUGGUGGUUUUUCAGCUUCAGGUAUUGGUAGAGAAAUGGGUGAAGAAGUUUUCCAUGAAUAUACUCAAGUUAGAGCUGUUAGAAUUGCAAUUUCUAAUACAAAUUAG